AUGACUUCUAUAGAACAUCAGUGGAGGUUAAAUCCGAAUCUAAAGGGUGUUGUAAAGAAAGAGAAAAUGAAACUUCUAGUGGCUGGUGUGAUUUAUGCCAUCUCUAAUAGCAAUUGGGUUAGCCAUGUUCAUGUAGUUCCUAAGAAAGGUGGAAUAACGGUUAUAACAAAUGAAAAGAAUGAACUGAUCCCUACUAGAACUGUCACUGGGAAUCGAAUGUGCAUUGAUUUUCGUAAAUUGAAUGCCGCGACUCGCAAGGAUCACUUUCCACUCCCUUUCAUUGAUCAAAUGCUUGAAAGAUUGGCUAACCAUCCAUACUACUCCUUUCUAGAUGGUUAUUCAGGUUUCUUUCAGAUUCGCAUCCACCCAGAUGAUCAGGAGAAGACGACGUUCACAUGCCCAUAUGGCAGGUUUGCCUACAGGAGGAUGCCGUUCGGCUUGUGCAAUGCUCCUGCGACCUUUCAAUGUUGA